AGCACGCAGGCACCGGGAACAUCAACCCACCGCUGGAAUGAGUGUUGGUGGCUGCAAAGGCUGGAACAUGGAUGAAUUCCUGAAAUCUGCACUGAGUUUUGGCCGAAGAGCCGAGGAGUGACUCAGUUGUUCGCUGGGGGUGAGGAAGCAGCGGGAGAUGCGGAUCGACCCAUAACUCCAAACCUGAGGCAGCAAAGUGGUGACAAAACCGGGGAGAGAAACCUGCCAGGCCCCCGACCCGCCGGCCCUCAGCGGUCUUGAAAAAUGGCACCAGCUGCUCCCAGAGAAGCAGGAGUAUGGAGACAAACCCGAGCUCUCCUGUUCAAGAACUGUCUUAUUAAGGGAAGGACUAAGAAAAGCAGUGUCCAGGAGGUCCUUUUCCCCCUGUUUUUCCUGUUUUGGCUCAUCCUGAUGAGUAUGAUGCACCCGCACAGGAAGUACGACGAGGUGCCCAACGCCGACCUGGGCACCCUGGACACCUCCCAGCUGGUGAACUUCGUCAUUGGGUACACGCCACCCACCCGCAUGGCACGAGAAAUCAUGAAGAAAGUGGCUUCUGAUAACUUUGAAGAUGGCAUCAUCACUGAGGAGUAUUUAAGUGAGGAGGAGCUGCAAGAGGCCAGUGCUGUCAAACCCUCCAACUUCGUGGGGGUCGUGUUCAAGGAUUCCAUGUCCUACCAGCUGAGGUUCCACGACUCCAUCGCCAUGUCCUCCAUUUAUACGGAAUCCAGAGCCAGCUGCUCCAACCUGGGGAAGGGCUGUGAGUCAGUGACCUACUGGAGCUCAGGAUUCACGGCGCUCCAGGCCUGCAUUGAUGCUGCCAUUAUACAGCUGAAGACGAAUCAGUCGGUUUGGGAACAGCUUGAACUGACGAGAGCAGUGGUUAUGGGAGAGGCUGCUGUGGUGGAAAUAGAUAAUUUCCCCCGUGCAAUCAUUUUAAUUUACCUGGUGAUCGCCUUCUCCCCGUUUGGGUAUUAUUUGGCAAUUCAUAUUGUGGCAGAAAAGGAGAGGAAGUUGAAGGAAUUCCUGAAAAUAUUGGGACUCCAUGACACUGCCUUCUGGCUUUCCUGGGUGCUGCUCUACGUGAGCCUGAUUUUUGUCAUGUCCAUUCUCAUGGCAGUGAUCGCCACGGCCUCCUCCCUCUUUCCCCAGAGCAGUGCCUUUGUGAUAUUUCUCCUUUUUUUCCUGUAUGGAGUCUCCUCAGUUUUCUUCGCCCUUAUGCUGACACCUCUAUUUAAAAAGUCAAAGCACGUGGGUAUAGUGGAGUUCUUGGCCACACUGGCUUUUGGGUUUGUGGGCCUGAACAUUGUCCUGCUGGAGGAUUUUCCCAAAUCUUUCGUGUGGUUUCUCAGCCCUUUGUGUCAGUGCAGCUUCUUGAUCGGUGUCGCGCAGGUCAUGCAUCUGGAAGAUUAUGAAGAUGGGGCAACAUUUGCAAAUAUAAACGAUGGUCCUUACCCGCUCUGUAUCUCUCUUAUUUUGUUGGUGCUGGACAGCAUCUUUUACCUGCUUGUAGCUGUGUACCUGGACCAGGUUAUCCCAGGGGAGUUCGGGCUGCGCCGCACCCCGCUGUUCUUCAUGAAACCCUCGUUUUGGUCCAAGCACAGGAAGAAUUACAAGGAGCUGUACGAGAGCAGCAUCAACGGCAGCUUGAGCUUCAGCGAGAUCGUGGAGCCCGUGCCCUCGGAAUUCCAGGGGAAAGAAGCCAUCAGAAUCAGCUGUGUUCAGAAAACAUUCAGGAAAAAGGGGGAAACUGUGGAGGCUCUCAGAAAUUUGUCCUUUGACAUCUACGAGGGUCAGAUCACGGCUCUGCUGGGGCACAGCGGCACCGGGAAGACGACGCUGAUGAACAUCCUCUGUGGGCUGUGCCCACCCACGGAUGGGUUUGUCUCUGUCUAUGGGCACAAAGUCUCCGAGAUCGAUGAGAUGCUGGAAGUGCGGCAGAUGACGGGGGUGUGCCCUCAGUCUGACAUCCACUUUGACAUUUUAACUGUGGAGGAGAAUCUCUCCCUCUUUGCUGCCAUUAAGGGAAUCCCUCAGAAUGAUUUGAUACAAGAAGUGCAGAAGGUGUUGCUGGAUUUGGAGAUGCAGCCCAUCAGGGACAAUCAAGCUAAAAAACUAAGUGGGGGGCAGAAGAGGAGGCUGUCAGUGGGAGUUGCUGUUCUUGGGAACCCCAAGGUUUUGCUGCUGGACGAGCCCACGGCCGGGAUGGAUCCCUGCUCACGGCACAUCGUCUGGAACCUCCUGAAAAACAGGAAAGCCAAUUGUGUGACCGUGUUCAGCACCCACUUCAUGGACGAGGCAGAUAUCCUGGCUGAUCGUAAAGCUGUGAUUUCUCAAGGGAUGUUGAAGUGCCUCGGAUCUUCUCUCUUUCUCAAAAGCAAGUGGGGAAUUGGCUACCGCUUGAGCAUGCACAUCGAUGCCUAUUGCAACACGGAAGCUACGACCUCUCUGAUCAGGCAGCACAUCCCUGCAGCCACCCUGAUCCAGGAGAACGAUGAGCAGCUCGUGUACACCCUCCCCCUCAAGGACGUGGACAAAUUUGCAGGCUUGUUUUCUGACCUGGACACCCACUCCCACCUGGGUGUUAUCACCUACGGCGUGUCCAUGACCACGCUGGAGGACGUCUACCUGAAACUGGAAGUCGAGGCAGAGAUCGACCAAGCAGAUUACAGCGUGUUCCAUUCCCAGCAAGUGCAGGAGGAGGUGGAUAACAAAUCCUUGGAUGACAUGGAGCAGAGCCUGCUGAUGCUGUCAGAGACAAAGGCUCCAGCCAUGAGCAACACAGCCCUGUGGAAGAAGCAGGUUUCCACCAUAGCCAAAGUGCAUUUCCUUACCCUGAAGAGGGAAAAUAAAUGUGUGAGAGUUAUGUUGUUGCUUUUUCUGAUAUUUCUUGUCGUUCAGAUUUUAUUGUUUUUCAUACACCACAUCAUCAAAAAUUCUGUAGCUGCUAUCAAACUUUCCCCAGAUUUGUACUUGCUGAAGCCUGGAGAGAACUAUCACAAGUACAGGAGUCGGCUCCUGCUGCAGAACUCCACAGAAUCGGAUAUCAAUGACAUUGUCCACUCCCUUGGGAGCAUGAACAUACUCCUGGAGAUGUUCAAUGACAGUGAUUAUGUCUCAGCUGCACCUCACAGUGCAGCUUUAAACGUGUUUGCCCUUCAGUCCAGGCAGAAUUACGUUUUCGCUGUCAUAUUCAACAGCACCAUGGUGCAUUCCCUGCCAGUUCUGAUGAAUAUUGUCAGCAACCUCCUGCUGCGCAGUUUAAAUGUGACUGAGAGCAUCCAGAUCUGGAGCAACCCCUUCAUUCAGAAUCUUCCAGACACAAUUUUCAGGAUGGAGAUCUAUUUCGAAGCCGUGUUGCUGGGGAUCAUCAUCACCGGAAUGCCGCCCUAUUUUGCCAUGGACAACGCGGAAAACCAUAAGAUCAAGGCCUACACACAGCUGAAGAUUGCAGGGCUCUAUCCCUCUGCUUACUGGACGGGCCAAGCCGUCGUCGACCUCCCGCUGUUCUUCUCCAUCCUCGUCCUGAUGAUCGGGAGCCUCUUCGCCUUCCACUACGGGGUUUAUUUCUAUGUGGGCAAGUUCCUGGCUGUGAUUUUUUGCCUGAUUGGUUACGUCCCCUCAGUUGUGCUCUUCACUUACGUGGUCUCCUUCACCUUUAGAAAAGUCCAGAACACGAAAGAAUUUUGGUCAUUUAUAUUUUCAGUGACAGCCUUGCUCUGCACAGUUGUCACUGAAGUGGCCUUUUUUCUGGACUAUUACGUGGUAACCACCAUCCUGCAUUAUGUCUUCUCCAUCUUCAUUCCUAUUUAUCCCCUUAUUGGCUGUCUGAUUUGUUUUAUAAAGGUCUCCUGGAAAGGCAAACGGAAGAGUGGGGGAUACUACGACCCGUGGGACCGGCUGCUGGUGGCAGUUCUGGCUCCCUAUUUGCAGUGUGUCGUGUGGCUCUUCCUGCUGAGGUGCUUCGAGCUGAAGAACGGAGGGAGGACGGUCAGAGAGGAUCCCUUUUUCAGAAAAUGCUUUACAAAAGCCAGAGCCUGGAAGUUCCCAGAUGUGCCACAUGAGGAGAACGAGGAUGAAGAUGUGAGGGCAGAGAGACUGAGAGUCAAAGAGAUCCUGAGCAGCCCCAAAAGUGAGGAGAUGCCAGCAAUCCUGGUCAGCAGCUUGCACAAGGAGUUUGAUGAAAGGAAGGAAUUUCUUCUGGGGAGAAAAAUAAAGAAAGUGGCAACAAAACAUGUUUCUCUCUGCGUAAAAAAAGGAGAAAUACUGGGUUUGUUGGGACCCAAUGGAGCUGGGAAAAGCACGUUAAUUAAUAUGCUCGUCGGGGAGAUUGAACCCACCAGUGGGCAAGUUCUGAUGGGAGAUUAUUCUUUGGGGCUGAGCAGUGAAGAUGACUCCGUGAAAUUUGUGGGGUACUGUCCUCAGACAAACCCUCUCUGGCCAGAUAUUACACUGCAGGAGCACUUUGAAAUUUAUGGUGCUAUCAAAGGAAUGAGUCAGUCUGAUGUUAAGGAAGUCGUCAAACGCAUCGCGAGCGCCCUGGAUUUGAAGGAUCACCUCCAGAAGACAACGAAGAAGUUGGGUGUGGGGCUGAAACGCAAGCUCUGCUUUGCCCUCAGUAUGCUGGGAAACCCCCGGGUCACACUGCUGGAUGAGCCGUCCACCGGGAUGGAUCCCAAAGCCAAGCAGCACAUGUGGAGGGCAAUUCGAGCAGCCUUCAAAAACAAGGAGAGAGCAGCAAUCCUGACCACCCACUACAUGGAGGAGGCAGAUGCUGUGUGUGACCGUGUGGCCAUCCUGGUGUCUGGGCAGCUCAGAUGUAUAGGUACUGUCCAACACCUGAAGAGUAAGUUUGGCAGAGGAUACUUCUUGGAGAUGAAACUAAAAGAAACAGCAGAUGUGCAGCAGGUGGAGUAUCUGCAGAGCCAGAUUUUGCACAUCUUCCCCAACGCCAACCGCCAGGAAAGUUUUGCUUCUAUUUUGGCCUAUAAAAUUCCUAAAGAAGAUGUACAGUCGCUUUCACAUUCUUUUUCCAAGCUGGAAGAAGUAAAACACACCUUUAACAUCGAGGAUUACAGCUUCUCUCAGGCAACACUGGAACAGGUGUUUGUGGAGCUUGCUAAAGAGCAGGAGGAGGAGGACAGCAGCUUUGGCACCCUGAACAGCACGUUGUGGUGGGAGAGGACACAGGAGGACCGAGUCAUCUUCUGAGCUCCUCGUGUCCAGAUCUGCUCAGAAGCUGCUGUUGGUGCCAGCAGUGGUCCUCUACACAAACGCUGGGGCACGUGCCUGGAAAACACUGGAGCUGGGAAAGACAGGGAGAACUGUGUUUGGAAGCCCUGAGCGUGUCCCACCAUCCUGGCCUUAGGAAUAACGCCACAGUCGCGGUGUGAGCGUCCCCAGCUGACCUGGAAUUCCUCCUCCCCUCGCUGUUCCCUGGUCUGUGUUGGCCAAGAGGACACUGGUCAUCUCCUGGUGUUGGUGGCUGGUGCAGGAGCUCCCACCUGCCUUCCCUCAGCCCUCCCAUGCCUGGUGGGUGCCAGAGGUUGGGCUGUCUUAAUGGAGACCCUGCAUCUGAGCAAAGCCAGGUGCCACUGGAGCAUCCUUCCCUGUGGGGCUGGUUCACAGGGUCCUGCUGUGCCCUGUGCCCUCAGCUGGGCACUGCUGCCUGUCCCACGAGAUGCCCUGCAGACACAGCCCUGCAAGGUCCUGCUCCUCCACCAGCUCAUCCAUCCCUGCUUAUGCUUUGAAGAUGCACCUGCUUAGAAGAGAGGGGGGGAAACCACUCCAGACUAACUGCAUCACUGCAGAGAGGGUCCUGAAUUCCCAAAAAACCCACUCCAGAGUAACUGCAUCACUGCAGAGAGGGUCCUGAAUUCCCAAAAAACCCACUCCAGAGUAACUGCAUCACUGCAGAGAGGGUCCUGAAUUCCCAAAAAAACCACUCCAGAGUAGUUGCAUCACUGCAGAGAGAGUCCUGAAUUCCCAAAAAACCCACUCCAGAGUAGUUGCAUCACUGCAGAGAGGGUCCUGAAUUCCACCGCGAGCUGGGCUUGGCGUCCGACCAACGUGAAAAUGUUCAUUUUACAGGCAUAACAUGGCACUUGUUGGCACUUCCAUUCGUUUCUCCUGCAGGUUGGCAGCUGUGGCUGAGCCCUGCUGCCGUUGUGGGUGGCACUGGUGUUUGUCCUGCAUGCGCUGGGGGUGGCAGGGGGUGCACAGAGGGGAUCUGUUCCUUCCCCCGCCUGGGGAAAGUACAAAGACAUAACUGUGUAAGUCACGGGAUUUGCAGAGAUGUGAGUAUUCCUUGUGUUCAUUAAAAACAGCCUGAUUCUUUCCUUGGGUGUAACAACAUGUGUCCUGCCAGCUGCUCUCAGACACAGUCCUUUGGAGAUGUUUUCCUUCUCCUUGCCAGUGGAUUCGUAAGUACACGUACCAGUGUUUCCUAAUCCCUCUCUGUCGGGGUAGCAGUCAGUAACACAGGGACACUUGCUUCUUCCUGACCUGGCAAUUUGUCACUGACCUUUGUGAAAACCAAGCUCAAAUGAUCCCAAUUCACAGCCUCACCCGCAGGAAUGGUGCCUUUUGGUUUGCACAGAAGCACUGAGAGGAGUAGGAUAGGUGAUCCUUCAGCCUAAGAGAUGACAGAUGUAUGCUGAAAAUAUUUUUUUGUUUUUUCUACACGAAGAUAUCAUCUUUUUUUUUUUUUUUUUAGUUUUAUAAGGUGAAAUUAAAGGUUGCUCCCAUUUUGUUGUGCUCUGCAAUGAACAGGUACAGAGAUGUGUUUAUAUUGAGAUGUUGGCUUCAUAAGUCAUAUCAUUUAUGUCUGUUCACAGUAAAGUUAGAAAAGAUCUUUUGUUUUUCUUGUGAAAACUCAAAAAACUGGGUUAAGGUGGAGUUGUCCCAGCUGUUUGUAAUUAUCAGGCAAUAAUGUGUGUAACGUGUCUGAUAAUGGUUUAUCAUUGUGUUGAGCCAAAACCUGUUUUGAUUAGUUUCUUAGUCCACUGUUAGGGAGAUGUGAGCUCUUUAUGUACCUCUUCUUUUGUGCCUGUGCAUUGCAUAUGAAUGUGCAGCUUUGGUUUUGUGGUUAAAAACCAGCCCAAGCACUGCUGAAAGCUUGGACAUGCCAUUUCUUCCCCAGGCAACCACAGCCUGUGGUUCUGCCUGUUUUGGUGAGCCCUGGAAGUGAAACAGAGGUAAAGGGUGGCAUUAAAGCACCAGCCUCUGAACUGCAGCUCCAGUGGAACCUUCUAGGGGUGAAUCUUCCCUGUCAGAGAAGAAAAUGCCCCAAAUUCGGGUGUUUUGUUUAUUUAGCCCCCGGCCCCCCAGCCUGAGCAUUUUCCUUUAUUUGGAGCAAAGGUGGGACCCAGGAUUUUGUCUGGUGGUACUUUCCCACGUAGGUAGGUACAAGUUCAGUGUGUCUUUUCCAAGUCCCACAUUUCUUACUUUGUAAGUGGUGUGUCAGCCAAGUGUCACAUCAGUCCAUCAGUGCACAGCACGUUCUUGUCACGUGAACUUAUGGAAGCCCAGUGUGACCUGUGAGCCUUGGUGUCUUCUUUUCGUUUUAUCCUUUAACUUAGAGUUAGUAGCCUGUAAAAUAGUUCUGUACUGCCUGGGUGACAACAUCCUGUUUCAGAUAGUUCCAUAGUAUCUAACUUUUCAAAUGGAUCAUAUGAAAACUUGGGUUAGCAGCCAGAUGAGCUCGGUUUGGUGCUGUUGUUUAUCCUGGAGGAACCCAGGGGAUGGUGGCACUGUGUUUGUGCAGCUACGUGGACAAAGAUUUUUGGCUCAUUUAAGUGACUGUGCGUUUGGGUGGGAUCUUUUUGGCAUGGUGACAUCGUGUGUCAGUGGGGGGUAAGAUGCCACCUCCAAACAUCACUGUCUUCCUAGUGUGUUGUGUCAGAAGUGUUUCAAAGCCUCACACAAUGGCUGUAAUUGCCAGGACAGGGGGGAAACCCAUGCAAAAUUAAACCAGAGAAUCCCCUGGAAACACAAGAGCUUUGCUGCUGUGCUUUUGAGUCCCUUUGUUCAGCUGUUAUCAGUGACAUGCCAAGUCCCGGGUGUACAACACACACAGCGUGUGCUGUAGGAGAUAAACUGGAGCCAAGGCAGCUGGAUUUGGGGCAAAUCCACCCCGUUUGGGUCACCAUUCCCAGGUGUGAUGGUUUUAGUUAUCUUGCAGGGUUGUUGUGAGAUAGUAGCUGAUGCAUCCAAAGCUUGGGAAACAUGUUUACUUUGUGGUGUUGUUACAAGGUUGUAUUUUUCUAUGGAGAAUUUAAUGUGUCUUGAUUUCUAUUUACACUCCCGAGAAAAGUCCUUAUUUAAAAAUAUCUCUGUAUAGUGAGUGAAGUCUAUUGCAUAGCCAACAUCCAGAACUUUGGUAGCAGAAGCAGAAGGUGUUGGGCCUAAAGGUGCCACGUUUCUGAUGCUCCUCCUGGUGUUGAACCACGUGCAGUUCAUUUUAUACACUUGCCUUUCUUUUACCACUUGGCUGUACUUGUAAAGGUGAGGAUUUUCCUUUCCCUGCAGAAAGUAAUAGCGAAAUAAAGAUGGGUUGGAUUGUUAAA